UGGCUCUAGGAAUCAGAGUUAGACCACUAAGAUUUUAUAUUAUCAAUAAUUAAGAAUAAUAACCACAACUGCAAAAUUUAACAAUUGUUCUUCAAUUUACAAAGGACUCCCAAGCUAUUAAAAUUGUUAACAUGUGUAAUAAAUUUGUAAUUUAGUACGUCUGCUUUUAACAAUCCCAAUGCAAUGCUUGGUCCACCCCUCCCUGCAACCCAAAAUUAAAGGACACAUCCCAUCUUUUUACACCGGUGUUUUCCUGCGCGCUUGUUCGCAUUUCAUCAGAACUCUCCGGGUUUAACGGUUUUCAAAAUUGUAAUUUAUAUGCCAGAGUUCAGAAUCCCGCCUCCUCGACAAAAAUUCUAACAGCGUUUGUAGUCCCAAACACAGAGCGGGGAUUAGUCAAUGAGCGAUGGCAUUCUGUACGAUUUUAUGGAUAUCGUUCUUGAAAUGUUCCCAAGUAACGAAAGUUUGACAAAAACUCCAGUCUGAAUUUAGUGAGAACGUGGCCUAUCCGCAGCUUACAUUCGUCACGUUUUAAAGCUAACUAUUAAUUUUAGCAGGUAAUUGGUAACCAUCAAUCGGGAAGUUCUUUCUUCACCAAGGUUAGUACCGGUAGCUGCGAACUACUCACUCUGCAAAGCCAGACCGCACUCGCCUGGCGGGAAAAGCGGGACUUUCUUUCACAUCUCCCCCCCCCCCCCCAAGCCGGGCUUUAACUGUCCCUGUCAGGUUCUGAUCAAGUCGCCGGGCAAAGCAGAGCCAGGUGAGCCGGCGCCCUCGGGGCUCGCGGCUGAUCAUGAUGGAGAUAGGCAAGAGAAUUGAGGACGCCAGAAACUUCCCGGAAUCCAGAAGACUUCGCGUGAUUCUGCGGAGGCGAAAGAGACGCCAGCGGGAGGGAAACUUGGCAGCGGCGCUGACGCAAAGCAUGGCGCUGGCCGUGGUGGGCACGGCGGGCGCUUAUCCCAGCUGGGUGCUGAUGAGCGGCGGAGAGAUACAGAUUGUGCUGGGAGCGUCUUGGGUCAUCAACAAGGCCGGUCCCGCUUCCGGGUCGCUGCUGCUGGGCCCGAACGGGGCUCCCCUCAUGUUGGCCAUCGCUUUCUGCUGCAUCUUGAGCGUGAUGAUUGGCUCGUUGGCCCUGACACUGGACUUCUUGGGAUGGCGGCGGUUGCGCCCAUGGGCGCCGCUGUGCCACGGCUUCGCUGCGCUGUUGAUCGCCUGCGCGACGGCGCUUGGUUUCUGCCUCUUGAAGGUGAUCAGCAGACGGAUCCACACCAAGAAGGAAUUUCAUGGGUAUGAUUUAUCCAUCAGCCCCGGGCAGAGCCUUUUCUUGGCCUUCCUAGCCUGCAUCCUGGCAGCCGCCGCCACUUACAUAAGCCUCAAAACCCCGGCGCCGAUGGAACCGCCACGCACCACCCAGGAUUUGGAAAAACUCGAGGAGUUAAGAUUCUUCCCGAGCCGCGUUGGACCGGGAGAAUUUACCGACACCUCCGCAGCGUCGUUCUCUUUGAGGAAUACAUUUGGACGCGAGAGGAGCUCGACGGACGACAUGGCGUCAGAGAAAGAGGAGCUCUAUGAUUGCGAAAAGGGCAGAAAACUGCAGACGUCUUCUUCCCAUGAAUGUUCUCUAGAAAAACGAAGGGGACAGCAGAAAACAAAAAAGGACCCUGGCCGACGGUGGCUAUUCCGGAGAGAAAAUAAGCAUUUAGCUAAAGUGGAGGGCAAAAAUGAAGAGACUGUUUGCAAUUCUGAAACCUAGUUCCUGAUCGGGAAUCUGGAAGCCAAAAGCGCACAUACUUUUGGACAAACCUCAACAAUCUGAACGUGUUAGGAAAGCAAGCCUCAAGCAAGACUAUAUCCCUUGCCCAUAUUUAUUCUUAAGGAUAUUUUACUUUGAAUUGGAGAAAUAAUUUCACUGGGCAUUCCUUAAUGGGAAAUAAAAGAUAAAUGUCCUGUGAAACAGUGGAAAACUAAAUGCAGGCAUUUUAUAUUAACUAGCAAUUAAUUGUUACUUCAGCUGAGUAAACCCAAAUAUAUACAGUUUCAGUUUAGGUGUUGUAAAGUCUUCAGAUUUGCACAAUUUUUCACCUUUUAAACAUGUAUUUCGACCACUAUAACAAUUUUGUUCAAAUCAGACCAGCUACUUUUCAAAGAUUAUUUCAGUACUUCUGUGUGAAUUAAUGUUAAAAUUCAGAUCAGAACAGGAACUUGGUCUACAAUUCUAAAAUAGAGAACUAUCAUUUCGAGAGAUCACAGUAUCAUACUUUGAGCCAUUUGUUGAGGAAAUAUCCUGAUGCAAGCCAGCUAUCUCACCUAAACACUGAUACACUACCUCCAGCUUUAGAUUGUAUUACAUUUUAUUAAGCAAUUUACCUUUAUUUAUAUUUUCUGGAUGUUGUUUGUUCUGAAACUUAUCUGAUUCUUCAGUCUUGCUUACUCUUCCCCUACCCUUUGUUGAUAUUUGUUCUUAGACAUCUUAGACCACCUUGUUUCUUUUAAGAGAUUUAUUAUAGGGUAGUUUGUUUUUAAGUACUUUCUCUAAGGUGAAGAUGAUGAACCAAUUACAUAGCUGCCUUUGACAGAUACAGUACUUGGCCUUCAGAUACUUAAGAUCCAAAAGUUUUAUUAGUGGAUUCAAAAUGGAGCAAUAAGCUAAUUUUGAAUCUUGGAUUCAAAUAUGCACUGUGCAAACACAAAUAGGCAGAUCACUUUAAAAAUAUUUAAAAUAGCCAUCAGUAAUAUAUUUUUUCUUGUAAAAAAAUCUUUUCAAUUAAAUUUGUCAUGCUACACAUUGGAAAGAAAAAAAUGAGUUUUUGUAACCUCAAAUGGCGUUUCAUUUUCUUUUAAAAAUCACUGCAAACAUUCUAUUUGGGGAUAAAGUCAGCAGACCAAGUUCUGUCAUGUAUUAAGAAUAUAGUUUUAAGCGAUAAAUUUAGUUUUAAUGUAAAAAAUGCAGUUACACUCUUAAGCUAUAAUUUUACCUAUCCCAUUUUAACCCCUUUCCCGCCAGUUCAAUCAUGUUGUUAUUAUAAGAGACUGCCUGGACAAGUCCUUGGUUUUCCUGGCAAGAUUUUUCAGAAGUUGUUUGCCACUGUUUCCUUUCUAGGGAUAAGAAGAUGACUAGUCCAUGGUCACUCAGCAGGCUUUGUGAGAAAGUGAAACUAUAACUAAAGAUCUUUGGAUUUCUAGCCUAGUGUAACCCUACACCAAACUGGUUUCCUUUUUAACUUUUUAGUGUGUAUCAAUUCCCUGGGUGGUCUUGUCCGAUGUAAAUACAUCUCCCUCCCCCACUGGCACUAUAUGAUCUAUCUCUAGCCAGAAAAAAUGGAGCAACUAAAUUGCCAUGCCAAUCUUGAAGUUCUGUUUGUGAUUUGGCAAGUAGCUGAACAAUCCCAAAUAUUUCUAAAACUUAUUGUGCAUAUUGAUUGUAGUAAUUAAUGACUUAGAGAAAGUUUUGAUAUGACUGAAUGCAUUCAUUCCAGUUGAUGAAUGUAGGAUACUGAAAUAUUUUACCCUUGCUUAAAAUGAAUAGAACAUGGAAAGUGAAGUUUGGGAUUAGAAGAGGAAAUAAGAAAUUAUUGCACCAUGAUACUGGGCAGGCUGCAAAUAUUUCUUUAGACAAAAAUACAUACACCAACAUAACGUUGUUUUAAAUUUUAAUGUUUAUUUUCCCCAAGACAGCCUAGCCUGCAUUCUACUUGGAUAAAUUUCACAAGCUAGUUUUCUGCUGCAUCUAGUUUUAAACUUUUAACCAUGUUUCUGAUGACAAGGAAUGCUGCAAAAAUACUCUAGUCCAACAAAGAGUUAUGAUCACAAAAUAAUUUGUAUCCAUUCUACUGCAUUUCAGAAUUACCAGCUGAUUUAAAAAAAAAA